AUGACUGAGUAUAGCCUUCCCGACUUUACAUUGAACAGUGGAAGAGUUUUGUUCAAAGACUAUGUUCUUUGCUGCAUCAAGAAGAAGAAACCACCACAAACGAAUCACUCACAGUCACAGGACAACUUUCAAGAACUAAUAGAGGGUGACUUGUUUUCCAUGUUAGCGGAAGAUCAUUAUCAUUAUGAAGCUGCUCCGUUGCUACCAUACGAGCAUAUUGCAUUGGGUGUCCCUGUUGCCCAGUUUGAAGGAUAUCCAUAUCAACAACACAUGAGCAUGGCAGUGACCCCUGAAUUUGGUGCAUUAUAUUUUGGACGAGACGGGUCUGUAGAAUUUCAAGUGCCAAAUAGUAUCAUGACUGCCUUAGCAGAAGAUGAUAGUGAAGCUAUUCCCCAACAGGCUAUCAACAAUGAGGCGAGCCUUUCGGAAGAGCUGCCGAUUGGCGAUCCGGAAGAGGCUUUACAAGAGAGUGUGAUUUCCAUGAUACUGCCAAACCCAUCUGUUCAUAGUAAAUCUAGGGAUGGAAAAUAUGUGGAUCGGUUACCAUUUCCACCCUUUGGGGAAAUACUUGAUGCUUUAUCUUUGCUUGAAGGUAUUGGGACGUUGAUUGCCAUGUCAAAGUGUAGUGAACGAAGAAACUUUGUUUACAAGAUCACAAAGACCAGGGCCAAACUCGGAUACAACAUGAUUAAGUAUAGCCUUCCCGACUCUACAUUGAACAGUAGAAGAGUUUUGUUCAAAGACUAUGUUCUUUACGGCAUCAAUAAGAAGAAACCACCAGAAACCAAUCACUUACAGUCGCAGGACAACUUUCAAGAACUAAUAGAGGGUGAAUUGUUUGCCAUGUUAGCGGAAGAUCAUUAUCAUUACGAAGCUGCUCCAUCGCUACCAUACGAGCAGAUUGCAUUGGGUGUCCCUGUUGCCUAG